AUGAAUGUUUCAAUCAUUCAUGAAUACAAUAUAUUGUAUUCAGAUAGAAUAUAUCAAAAGGAUAAGAAAUGGAGUGAUGGUAUAUUAAAGUUUUAUGAAUUUAAUAAUAAAUUGGAAAUUUAUAGCUCAAGUAAAGUUUUGGUGGCUAUUGAUUUUUUACGAGAUAAACCAAUUGUAACAAUAUUGAAUAAGUGGUUGGAGAUAAAUAAUGAGUUUAAACUACCCAAUAAUCAAUUGAUAAUACAGAUACAGGAACAUGUUGGGGUCUAUGAAAAAGAUUUGACAAAUGUGUUUAAAAAAGGAGAUGGUAAAGUUGAUGUUAAACCACGAGUAGCCAUUAAGAGAAAAUUGUUCAAAGAAGAACCAAUACCUGCUUUCAAGAUGCAGACGCUUAAUAAAUCCUCUGAACAUGUUUCCAAUGGUAUAUAUCAACCUGAAAAAAUACUACGGGGUCCAUCAAGACCAAGUAAGUCAUCAAGUCAAAAGUUACAAGGCAGUUUAAGCUCAAAAUCAAGAUUAAAAACUCUUACAGCUGACAUAGAUAACAAAAAUAACAAAAAUCUGCGAAUAUCCGAACCAAGUGUCAUAAAUAACAAUAAUAUCAAUUCGAAAAAACUUUCUUCAACUGAUCUAAAAAAGAAAAAACCCGUUCAGAAAAGUUCUGUUUCAAGUAACACAAGUAACAACAACAAUAAAUUUAUGGUCAAUGACUUACGAGUACAAAACAGGAAACCAAUACGAAUCAAACCAAAAUCAUCAACAUAUUUUCAACAUUUAUAUAUAGAUAAAGAACAAGAUACAUUCACACCAUUAUGUGUCAAAACAAAUAGUUUUCAAAUAACACCAGAGCCAUCACAAGUAUCUAACCAAGAUUUAAUAUCAAAUUCAAGUCGUGAAUCUGAUGUAGAGGAUAAUGUACCUGAUUUCAUUGAUGAUUUAUCAGAUUUUGAUGAAAGUGAAGCACCAAAUGAAAUACAACAGAAAUUAGACUCGCCUAUAGUUCAUAAAACUAAUGAUAAUAUAAUAGAUUAUGAAUUUGAUGAUUUAUCUGAUUCAGAAUUAGAAUUAAUACAAGCAUAA